GCAGAGCAACAUUAAGUACGCAACAAAGUGGCGUGCAAGGCGCAAGUGGGCUCGAGUGAUUCGUUUGUCCGCUUCACUUUGCAGUGAGUGUAAUCCAGUGCGACGGAAAAUCUGCGUAUCUCAGUCUUGCAAUCUUUUCAAAUCCAAUUAAAUACGCAAUCCGUGGACAGUACAAGGUGGUGCGAAAAGUUUCGGUGGAGUUGCGGAUACGCCCGCGAAAUAUCUGUAUGACUAGACACAAGUUGCGCGAAACACGCAGCUGACCGUAGGUGAGAACAGGGCACGGGCACACCUGUGCUCCGCUCAAAUAAGAUAAAGAUGCCCCGAUUUGGCGCCCAGCCGACGUGGAGCUAGUCUGCUUGCUCGGGCUUUGGGUAGUUGGUUUCAGUCCGGGUCGCGAUUCGCUAGCAAGUUGACCAAGCCAUUGCUCCACUCGUUGCCCCAAGUGUUUUGCAGUGUGUCGUUAUUGGAUUUUCCGCGAACAGCCCAUGCACAGGCAACACAAGCGUACAUAGACCUGCAUCAGAGAAACGGAAGUGCACGGAACCAUCGUGGGAGUAGAAUCUGACCCCCCGUCCCAGUGCCAACCCUUAAGUGGCACCUCGUCAGUACCGCGCAUUUCGCCAUUGUUCAGUUCUUCUCUGGCAGUCGCCAGCUAAAAGACUUCGCCGCGAGAGGUGAUUUUCUUCCGACCUAAAUGAAAGUUACAAACCCGCGUCCUCCUCGCGCCAGUGUGAUCCCGUAGGCAAAAGAGCUUCCGUUGCACACAACGAAUCGUCGAACCAGCGAACCAAUAUUUCGAUAGUGUCCUUGUUUCCAGUUUGAUUGCUUUGUUUUGGCAACAGCACGCCGCAGACUCCUGCUCCAUAUCUCGUUCCGUACACGGAAAGUAAACAACCCCCCGAGAUUGCACAGUGAAAACAGCAAAACAAGUGAGUUCGGCAGAAAAUAGUUCGUCAUAGGGAAACAAGGAACCCAGCAUCCAACCACCCACUUCCAUCUCAUCGGAGAGGGAUAGCAACUGAGUCCCCAGCCCCCUACCCCAUCACAACAGGAAGCUGUGCUGGACUGCAUCCCGGGCUCCAUCCUGUCUCCCGCGCCGCGUUGUAAUCCGGGUGUCCUGCCACCAAGCAAAGCGAAAAAUCAAUAGAGUUCAACCCAGUUCUUCGACGCUCCAUUCACAGGCAGUCAGUUGCGGGCUAGUGCCUUAUUCUGCAGGCGCUUCCUCAAGUGAGCUCUCGGGUUGAAAUCACUGCUCGCAAUUGAAUCAAGGCUCUUUGCACGCCGCGCCCAAGUACCUUUCAUCGAGUGCACCAGCUCCCCCGGGACGAACAGGACAAUUAGAGUCGGGACUCGGCCUAGUCAAUAAACAACGAACCCACUCUGCUCCGCUAUCCUUGCCUCCUCGAAGCAGAGCAGACGACGUCGAGUGGGCAUACAUUGGGGUUGCUCGCGACAGCUGAAAAGUGAAAGAGUCCUUCCUGCCUUACCCUGGCAGCAUCUUCCUUCGCCUUGAAAACAGCUUAGCCAAGUGAGUUGUGACCUAGUGAACACCAGCGAAUUCCGUUAGUGAAGUGAAGUGAAAGGAAAGACCCCGCAACCGCCGAAACCGAUUCGCUCUCGAAUGGAGCGAGGCCGGUCGCCAAGUUCUAAUUGAAUUCACGCCAAACCUCUUGGAUCAGGUGUGAAUGGUCAGCUGAAUAACAGAAUCAAGGUAUUUUUAGCCACCUGAUUGGCAGUGUCUGUAGUAGUGUGUUGAGGUGCGAGUGAACCUAGUUCUUUCGGAUUCUGUACCAACCACGAACACUGGAGAGCAUCUCCGGACGAGGAAUUAGCACUCCACAGUUAAUAGCUCCGUCCGUUCUCAAAAGUCAACAGAAAAAGAAAACACAUCCUCAAGCAGAAACCUCACAAAUGGUGAAACUAUCAAAAUCCCAUAACCCAAGCUGCUGAGAUCCAUUUAUAUGUCGUGAAACCGAAUAAGCCAAAAUGUCAUUAAGAAUUGAUGAAAUAGCUCGUUUAGCAUCGCUAAACGCCCUAGUGACCCUGUGCCUACUCACAAUCUUCAGAAUGGUAUUGGUCGAGUGCUCGCGAGCCGACUUGGGAACGUACUUGAGCAUGAAAGAGUACCCAACCCAAGACGAGAAGAUCACUGUCGACACAGUUACUUAUGCCUCGAUCAAUUACACUUAUCGGAUAUUCGAUACUCAAGAGGUCCACUACAAUGAGGAGAAGGCGAGAUAUAGUGAAGGUCGUGUGCUGAAUGUUAGCGGCUACUUAGUACACGUAACGGAUAUGCGUGAUCCUACCAACCAUACUGGAUGCACACCCUCGAUCCUGCCGCCCAACAGGUAUCUGGGCGAGCAUACUAUACCAUGGAUCGCACUGAUUCAGCGCGGCGACUGCACCUUCGACGAUAAGAUAAAGAAUGCGUACUGGAACCGAGCCGUAGGCGUGAUCAUCUACAAUAAUGAGAAUUCGAUGACCUUAGAGAAGAUGAAGGUUAUCGAUAAGGAACGAAACAUUACUGCAGUCUUCACGUAUAAGUGGAUAGGCGAAGAAAUGGCGCGAAUUGUCGAUCGUGGUACACAAGUCUGGGUUUCUAUAACUGAAGGACAGCGUGUGUUGAAACCUAUAACUAAUAUAAACAAGACGUCGGUGCUAUUUGUCUCAGUAUCCUUCAUCAUACUCAUGAUCAUUUCAUUAGUUUGGCUUAUCUUCUACUACGUGCAGAGGUUCCGGUAUUUGCAGUCAAAGGACCAACAUUCGAGACAAUUGUGUACCGUUGCGAAGCGAAUAAUUGGUAAAAUACCAACAAAAAGUGGCAAAAGUGAUGAUAAGGAUAGCGAAAAUGAUUGUUGCGCUGUUUGCAUUGAGCCAUACAAAGCAACAGAUUGUAUACGAGUGUUGCCUUGCAAACACGAAUUCCAUAAAAACUGCAUCGAUCCGUGGCUCUUGGAACAUCGAACGUGUCCUAUGUGCAAAUUGGACGUACUGAAGCACUAUGGUUUUGUGGUAAUUGGAAGUGAGGAGAGCAUCUUAGAGUUAGAUUUGGAUGCUGAAGCUCAAGGUCACAAUCCACAGGAUGUUCGAGAUCAACUUCGGAACGGGAAUGGAGAAGAGACCGCUCAAUCAAUUACAAUAACCAUAUCUCCUGUUGACUCCGAAGAUCCACACAAUGAAAUUUCUAUGGGAUCUCAUAUAGUGCGACGGUUAUCUUGUGAAGCAGUAUCUAUCGCUAGACGAGUAUCAAUUCCAGAGCGUCCAGUUUCUUCAAUGUCACAUUGUCCAGCCAAUGAAAAUCAUUCGAAUCAUUUGUUUUUCUUUCAAACACUGACAACAACAACAGCCAAUAAGACAACAAAAGGCGAUUCGAAAUGCGGGACAGAAUCUAAUUUUCCGAAUUUAGGCAUUUCGAAGAAACAAAAGGAAUCAGUGAGUCUCCCGGGUACAUUGAAAUUCGUUAAAACUACGCCAGGCUCACAUGGCAGCAACAAUUGCUACGCGAAAGCAGCGGCAUCUGACCUAAAGCACAUCGCAACCCGCUUAGAGAAAGGGAAUCCUGUGGUUGGGAAUACUUGUCUUCGAAAAGGAAGCGACAAUGAACUAUUGCUGACCAGGACCGAAUCAAUUUCAACCGAUCCACCAUGCGACAGCACCUCGGAUCCAGCAGCUUCUUCCAACGAUGCCUUAAAGGAUGACUUGCAGGAGGGCCAGGACAACGACCAGCCAGCAAAUUAAUCCGCCGAAAUACAACAUAAUCACCAAUUUAGCGAUGUCUAGUUACAACUUUAAACUACCAAUAUAUGCAUUGGAAAAAUCAGAGUGUUCCAAUUAAAAGGAUUUAUCUUGCCGGAUCCUGUAAGAAAGGAGACUUGGAUCUUUCCUUAAGAUUGAGACAAUCUGGCUUUUCUGGUAAAGUUAAAUUUCGAAAUAAAAUAUUUUUGAAUAUCCGCGUA